CCAAGAUGGCGACUUCUAUUGAGAUUCCGCUGAGAGAUACGGAAGACGAGGUAGAAUUUACUUGAUUCCCUCAAAAAAUUAUCGACCAGUCGCUUAACUUGUAUUUUUGUUUUCAGGUUAUAGAGCUACAGUUUGACCAACUACCUGAAGGCGACGAGGUGCUAAGUAUUUUGCGGCAGGAAAAUGCACAACUCCACAUUUGGAUCACGCUGGCGGUACGUGAGCCAAACCAUUUCUUUAGAUGUGUUUUGUCGUCGCCACGAUCUGUCUGCAUGCUUCGAGGAUUUUUCUUUGCUGCCCCCGCUUAAAUAUUUGUUUCUUUGGCUAUGCUGACAGCUUUAGAGGAAAUCUGUUCGGCCGUACGGACUAAUUUUCCUAAAAUCAUUCACACAUACAGUGCGAUAGCGACUGUUGUUAUCAACAGUAUUUUUUGUGCAUAGAAUUGAACACAAAAGUUCGUUUGUCGUUGGAAAUAAUGGACGAUAAGAGGGUGGAAAAGAAGGGCGAAAUCAACGGCAGAUUCGCGACAUUUUUAUCUAGUAGACAUCAAGUCAGUUAACCUAGCAUGAAGCAUUUCCUGUACUUUCUGCAACCUAGGUACUCUCUUAAUCAUAAGUGAAUGACAUCGAAUGUAAAUAACAACACACGUGUUGGCAAGCGUAGCGGUAUUUGGACGAGCAUACUACCUAACGCAUAAGUGGGAAAAAGGGAUUUCAAGAUCCACCAAAUAUUGUCAUGAAUUUGGCCUUUACAAACGUUUACGAAUUGUGAUUUGCAAGUUGUUUUUGCUUCAUGUUUUUGUGCCAACAGCUCCAGUACUACAAGCAAGGAAAAACUGAUGACUUUGUCAAACUUCUGGAAGCAUCAAGAACAGGCAUGUGUUUGAUCAUUAUAAUAAACAACAACUAUAAGCAAGGCUGGGCUCUAAGAAAAAUUGAAGGGAGCCCAGAGCUCUGAAACUGUGAAAUCCAGGGUCCCAGCAUACACUUUUUAUGAAAAAACUAAAAUUCCCAAGUUGCCCAAAGGCAAGAGUAAGGUGCUAGGGGUCACCAGGCGCUGCUAGACCACAGCCAUGAUAAGUAUCAUCUUUACUUGCAUCAGUUAUAUUUACCUGCCACAAUCAUCACUAUCAUUGAGAUCAUCAUUUUCUGUGUCAUCUUACAUGUUGGCAUUUAUGAGUGAUCAUCACAGCAUGCUACCAUGACUCUUGUCUUCGAAAUGAUAAAGACUUCUCAAUGAAAAGAUCAGUCUUUUCAAGUUGUUAUCACAGGGAUGCUUAUAUUCUUGAAUUGAUGGUUGUCAUUGUAAUCAUUAAGUAUUGAAUUUUUCCACACAUUUAUGCACAAUUUGUAGUACUCUAACUAUAUUCAUUACUAGCAGAGUACACUCUUCAAGGGACAAGUUACCUAUGGUAAAUGGAUCUUAAAAUGAUAUAGAUGUAAGAGGGAAGGAGAAACUUGUUGAUCAGUGUUUAAAAUUCCAUAUUUUAUUACACUUCAGAAAAUUAGUUCACUUACUUUGUAUCUUUCUUUUAGAUGCCAAUCGAAACUACCGGGACAGUGAGAAGGGACAGAUGGUCUGCUUGGAUACACUUGCAGCAUUCUAUGUUCAACAAGCAAGAAAAGAAAGAAACAAAGAAACUAAAAAGGAAUUGUUUACUAAGGUAAAUGGAUCUAUUUAAAUGAAAGGUUUAAAUUCUGAACUGUUCUGUUCUUUAGUACACAUGACUUUCCCAAUUACCAUUACAUCUUAUGAAGGUUGUCUAUAUCAUAACCAGAUUAUGGUUCAUUAAAAACUAUGACCUACAUGUUCUCUGUACAUGUAUCAACAGGUUUUCAGAGUGUAAUGAGUGUUUUCCAUAUAAUUUUAGAACAUUGUGCUGUGCCCUUUUACAUGGAAGAGCCAGAAUUCUUUGUCACAUUUCACUUCAGUUUCUCUCUUGUCAUUUUGUUGUCUCCUCACACCCAGUGAUUUCCUGCAGUCAUUCUUUUCCAGUCUCCUUUUUAUAUAUCACAACCUUUUCCAGAACAUGUUACAGCAGCUCUCCCAGGUUAGCCCUGGUCUGGUACACUUGCCUCAGCUACAUGUAUUCAACUUGUUAUUCUUCUGUCUUGAGUCACCUAUUUGGUUAUCUCUAAAACACAUACAUAUACAAUCUUUUCUUGACCUAAAAGAUGAUUAAUAUCUUCCCUUUAGGCCACAUCAUUGUAUUCUACAGCAGACAAAAUCAUCAUGUAUGACCAGGUAGGUACUAUACUAAUAAGAAAGGCAAAAAUUGAUAAUUCCUUGUCAUAAGUUUAUAAAUUUAUACAUGUAUGUUGGUAGUUGUGAGUGAACUUUUGGUCAAAAUGGUUUUAAACUACAGGAUUUGUUUUUCCUAUAACCCUGAUUAAUUAUCACAAUCUUUAAAAAAAGGGAAACUGCAAUUCUAACCAAUUUUAAAUCAUUUAACCAGAAAUAGUUCUCCACAAACAACAUAAUUAUGCCUUUGUUUUUGGAGAUGUUUUUCAAGGACUCUUUCUCUCACUCUUAACACCGGAAGAAUCCUUACUGAUUACAACACCUUUCAUCAAUCUUGGUCAAAUUUUUUUGGGAUAUCUGCAAUGUCAUGUACAAAUGCUUGUGUAAAAUAUGAACUUUGUCCAUUUUUAAAAAUUAUUCUCUCAAGAGCAGGUCAAACCCCUUCCCCUCCUCCUCCAUCUCCCUCUCUAUCUCUCUUCCCUUCCCUCUCCUCCCUCCUCUCUACCUAUAUUAUCAGACAGUUAUACAAUAAGCCGAAUUACCAGUGUACACAUGUUUUAAUUGGUUCUUUCUUAACCCUUGAACUCCCAGAAGUGAUUAGCAUCUAACCUCUCCAUACAAUAUCCAUACAUCAUUCAGCAAACAUGUAAUGAGAAUACUCAAAUGUAACAGGUAGAAGUUGUAAUCUUGAUUUAACACCAAACUCAAGUAACUUUAAGUUUAAACAGAAAUGUGUAGCAGCUAGACAGGAGAAUUGAAUCAGAUCCUGGGAGUUAAACGGUUAAGAUCUAUUUCAGGACAUACAAGAUGAUGUCAUCUUAAACAGCAUUUUUUUUUCUGUAUUGUAAACUAUAAAACAAAUACAAAUAAAGUAAAUUCUAUGUUUCCAUGGGUUUGUUCAGUAGGAAAUCACAGAAGAUGUCAACAUGUGGUACAAGCACCAGUGACACCCUUAGUUGCACCUUGUUAGCCACUUUUUUGUUCUUACCAUAUUUUGACGUCAUAUGACAUGAACUGAACAAACACGUAGCAACAUGGAAACUCUUUGUGAAAUACUUGUAGGUCAUUCCGUAUACCUAAAUUAAUUUUGAUAAAUGAUUUUUUUUCAGAAUCACUUACUUGGGAGAGCAUACUUUUGUCUCCUGGAAGGAGAUAAGAUGGAACAAGCUGAUGCACAGUUUAACUUUGUGUUGGCACAGGUAUGAAAAUUGAAAUUGUUUAUGAUAGAGAACCAACUGUCAUAUCAAUUAAAUGUGAAACAUGUUUUAAAUACUUAUUGGCAAACAGUGACUUUCUUUGAUAGACUUGAAGAUGGAAAUGCAACUUUACUUACAUAAGUUACUUUUUCUUUUUUUUUCCACAAACAACAGUCAGGAAACAAUAUUCCAGCUUUACUUGGUAAGUAUAAGAAGCUUGUAGUUGUUGUUACAGGUAUCCUUUAGUUUUUCUUUUUGUUUUUCCUAAGUUGCUGCCAAGAAGAAUUUGUUUAACAAUCAUAAGCAUCUUAAGCUGGUGAUCAUUUCCUUUAUUAUCAUGACCUUAAUGUGUGAUUCAGGGGUGAUAUUGUAAGGAGAAAUUAGAUGCUAGUCUAUCCUAGGGGUCAAAGGGCUAAGAUUUUACUUUGAAAUGAUGGUAUAAAUACAUGAAUGAUAAGAUUCAAAAUGAAAAAUGGAAAGACCAUAAGGAUUGUCUGAGGGUUUGCAUCCUGCAAAGCACAAAUUUACAGUAUGUGUGAACAGGUAUUGAUUUUGAUGUUUUUUUUAAUGUGACAGGAAAAGCCUGUAUCUCUUUUAACAAAAGAGAUUACAAGGGCUCAUUAGCCUAUUACAAGAAAGCUUUGAGAACAAAUCCAAACUGUCCAGGUAUUGUAUUAAAAUCAGCAACAGUGGAAAACUAUCAUUAGAGACAUCUGCUUUAUCUUUUUCUCUGUAUAUACAUUAGUAAAUAUAUAGAAUGACCUAUCAAAAAUCUGUUUGAAAAUGUGGUUUAUACAUGUAUGUACAGGAAGUGUGACCUGUUCUGUGGUUUGAGUUACAACACUGCAGAGUAUCACUUAAGGCUAAACAUGUAGUCUUUUGUCUGUUACAUGUUUGCGUGAAGCCUGGUUCACACAGGCCUUCAAAAUAAUGACUUCAUUCGAACAACACAGAGGAGGGGGUUAAUUUUCCUCACUCAAUGUCAUUAUGCAUGUGUGGUUAUUCUUAUUUUACUUUAUUAUGGCGUGUUAUUCAUGCUGGCAACACAAAAUCAACACCACAAGUCAUGAACAUGGUUUUGUUUUACCUCGAAUGUUGGUUGUACAAACAAGGGAUGCAUGUACCUUAGACAAAUUCUCCAACUUUUUCUUCAAAUUUCCAACCAUCCAGGGUCAACCCAUAUACCACAAAUUUGUUUCAACACAAUGGUACAAUUGUAUACACAGUAUGCAUUAAGAAUAAUCUAUGUGACUGCAUUCUACUCGACAGCUUCUGUCCGGCUUGGAAUGGGUCACUGCUUUGUGAAACUUGGAAAACUGGAUAAAGCUAGGUAUUAGGGGUUAUGAAUAAGAUUUAAAAAAAAAAACAAGGUUUUGAUGGGGAAGACACAUACAUGUAGCUUCACUGUUUAACUCCAGUAUAAUCUACAGGACCUUGCAUUUUCUAUUUGACCUUUGAUACAUGUUGGUUGUAGGAAUAACGGUAUAUUGAAAGAACAUUAUCAAAACUUUUUAUUGACUGAAAAUGUUCUGAUCUUGGUUAUAGGUAUCCUUUUCAGAGUAUUUUUAUUUUUUUUAAUUUUUUUUUCAUUUAUUGCCUAGACCUUAAGAUUGAUUAUAUCUUGUUAAAUUUUAUUUUAUUAUUUUAUUUAUUUAUUUAAAUGAGUAAACUGAUGGGUUUCAAUCCUGUAUAAAAAUUCGUUAUUAUUAUUAUUAUUAUUAUUAUUAUUAUCAUAAUUUUAUUGUGUAAAUGUUCUGACUUGUGCCUUUUUCCUUAGCCAUGAUUGGAACUAUUAAAUGAGUAAACAUACAUGUACAGCCUCUGGGCUUUUUUCAUCUUGAAUUCUUGAAGGGGGAGGAAGGCCUGUAAUAGAAAUAAAUUUUUAACCAAGGGUGUUGAUAAUGAGGGAAGAAGGGUGGAGAGAGAGAGAGAGAGAGAGACAAACAAAAAAAGGGUUAACCCUUUAACUCCCAAGAUCUGAUUACACAUUUCCUUGUAAAUUAGUUAUGAGAACGUGGUGCUAGAUCAAGAUAGCAACUUCUAUCCGAUAAGUUUGAAUAUUCUCAUUACCUGUUUGCUGAAUAAUGUAUGGAUAUUGUAGGGAGAAGUUUUAUGUUAAUCACUUCUGGGAGUUAAAGGGUUAAUGAUUAGAGUUGACAAUCCUCCUGCUACUAUCAGUUGUAAUGUUCAUCUGUUUUUGCUGUUAAUGUGUUUAUGUCAUGUACAUGUACCUCAAUGGCUUGUCAAUUUGAGCCUGAGACUGUGUUAAAUCAGAUUGACAAACAAAUCAUGAUGUGCUUGUUCUUUCCUAGACUGGCAUUUGAACGAGCCCUUACCUUAGACCCACUGUGCACAGGUGCUAUGACUGGUCUUGCUAUUCUUGAACUCAACUCAAAAAAGGUAGUAUGCCCCAUUAAUACUUAAGACACAUGCAUGUUAGUCACUUGAUAAUUAUCCUACUACUUUCAUAUUUCUUUGGAUUCACAGUGUAGUUGCUUUACAUUUUGAAUUAUCUUCACAACUGUUGUUUACAUCUACAUGUAUUUAAGACUUACCUUGAAUAUACAUGCACUAUACAAUUGAAACCCCCCCAUCAAACACUCUAGCUAGGGCAGAGGCCUUCUUUUAGACAACCUCACUGUAGAGGGCUUCAACCAUUAAAAUAAAGACCAUUUUCCAGAACUCAACUAUUAAUUUUUUCAUGCAUGUAUCUCAAUCACAAGGUUGCGUAAAUCACAACAUCAUCAAUGCAAUGGCAAGCAAUGUGUACAAACUAGGUAAAAAAAAUGUAAAAAAAUAAAUAAAUAAACUAAAUGUCAAUGUUCAGUUGUGACACUCGCUGUAGGAUGUUGCCUCUUGUUCAGUAAUUUUCAUAAAAUUGGUUAUUCUUAUGCUAUUGCGUAUUUGGUUUCAGAUGGACUCCAUCAAGAAUGGUGUGCAGUUGCUGUCAAGAGGUUAUGCUUUGGAUAACUCUAACCCCAUGGUCCUAAAUCACUUGGCCAACCAUUUCUUCUUCAAAAAGGUAAGAGUCCUUCAUGUUAAUAAAUACAAGAUAAAGUAGAAAGGUUGAAGUCCCCAGCUACAAUGAAACAAUUCAGAUGGAUAUUCUUUAACUACAUAUAAUUUGGUAUAAAGGUGCAAUGGAGUAGUGCUGAUAGUUUCCAGUAUUGGAGAUCGAGUUUCAAGUCGAGACUGUCAACUUAGUUUUGAGCUGUACUGUACCCUUGUGCUGGAUACCAGUCGAUAACAGUUUACCCUACAUCAUUUUCAUCUUGGAUCUUAUUCCUUGGAUCUGACCUAGUUAUCCAGAUUAUUGGGUACCCCAAACACUCCCCCAAGGUUGGUAAACUGUAUUUCUAUCUCAGGUUACCCAACAACCUUUUCAUCAGGUUAACUGGCUUCCUUGGCUGUCUUAACCUUUGGGUGGCAAGAUGCUUUGUUGGAAUAAAGUGUCAUCUUAAGAAUACAACAGACUCUCCUCAGCUACUAUGCAUACUGGAUCAUUUGAUAUGGGGCUCUAAAUGCUGAUCAGUACUACAACUAAAAUGAAGUUUUAACAUGGCAUUACCAGUUAUUGAUUUUCUUCCCUGCAGGAGUACAAUAAGGUACAGCACUUAGCUUUACAUGCUUUUCAUGGAACAGAGGUUGAAGCUAUGCAGGCAGAGAGUUGCUAUCAAAGGGCAAGAGUCUUCCAUGUUCAGGUAUCUGUUUUCUUCAAUAUUUACACUCUCCAUUCCAAAUUUUUAGCAGCAUGGUCACAUUGUGCCUCAUGGCUGGGUAAUUUGGGUCUUGAUUUAGAUAUUUACCUCUGAGCCUAUUAGGUCUAGUUAUGCACCCAUCUAUGCAAAGCUUUAACCCCCCUCCCACAUCCCUCAGGCAUUUGACUGUGGUGUGUGCUUGGGGAAUUUGAACCUUGCCUGGGUGGAAUGAGGUAUUAGAGCCAGUGGAAUACACAGGGAGGUUAAAGUUUGAGAGUCCACUUUGAUGAGCAAAUGGCUCAGAAGAAAACUCUUGCGUUGCAAUGAUGCUUACAAGCAAAAACAAAACAGGGCCACCAAAAAUGUUGCUAAAUUCUGAAACAUACAAAGAAUUGAAAAUUGCUCAAUAAAACUGUGUUUGGGUGUGGCAUUUGAACACGGAAUUUUGCGUGAGUGGACAGAGACUUGAGCAAACCAAUAUGUAUGAAAUAUUAUGACCUUGGUCCAAUGAAGAACUCAGGAAGCAGUAAGAAUAUUUGAAUAUUAAAACAAACUACUAGUAAGUUGUUGACUGGAUUUUGAUGAUGCUAGCAUCUGGAAAAUCAUUUAAAAAUGAAUUAAACGUUUUAUUAAUAUUUACACAUAUGCUUUUAUCAUAGAAUGACUAUGACCAGGCAUUCCAGUUCUACUAUCAAGCAACACAAUUUGCUUCACCAAACUUCAUUCUACCUCACUUUGGUCUUGGACAAAUGUACAUUGCCAGAGGAGACAUGAACAAUGUGAGUUACUACUGUAACCAAAUAAAUGUAGGAAAGGUGUGAAUAAUUUUUUCCUUGGGGUUAGUAUUUAAAAGAAAAACAAAAAAAAAAAAAAAAAACAAACCAGUGAUAUACAGUUUACAAUUGAAAUAUAAACUGUGUGAUGCAGGAUAUGUUAAGCCAUGUGUGUGGACACCUGCCUGAGUAUGUGAAAGGACAUAAAGGAAAGUCUUCUUCCUUUUCUAGCAUUUAACAGGUUAAACAGGAGGUUAAAAUAUUGUUGCAUUCUUUAGAUUAUUUUACAUCCUAGUAAAUGUCAGUUUUUGUGGUAAUUUGAUUACCUCAUUAUAAAGGUGCUUACUUACAACAAAAUUAGACACAACAAAUUGCAUAUAUAUAUUGUAGAUAUCUAUGCUAAUUUUUUUCUACAAUUUAAUAAUUGAUGAUUUGUCAACCAGAGCUACUCUUUCUAAUGGCACCAUGAUGGCUUUAAAAUGUGAAGGGAUGAAUUUCUCUUUCAUUCAUGUAACUUCCACUAGUCUUUCUCUCCUAAUUAAAAAAUAAAAUUUUUUUCGUUUCAUUCAGGUAAAAAAUGUAGAAAUGAAGUUGAAAUAAAAGAAAAUACCAAAAACAUAUCAGAUAAUUAUUAUGCUAAUUUGUCCUGAAAGUUUUUUUAUCUCAGAUUUUGACCCAUGUAUAAGUCGAGGGCGAUUUUUUGGACCGAUUUUUAGGCAGUAAAAGGUCCACUUAUACAUGGGUAAAUACGGUAGAUAUUUCUCAGCCACCAUUGCUGGGGUAGGAGGUCAAUGAAUAGAUAAUUAUGCUGAUAAACAAAAAGAGGUGAAGAGGCCUUAUUUACUUUUAAACACUUCCUUUUCACACAAAUAAUGUAAAAUUUAACUCGCCUUACAGGCUGCACAAUGUUUUGAGAAAGUUCUCAAAGCCACACCAGGAAAUUAUGAGACUCUGAAAAUCUUGGGCUCUCUGUACAGCACAUCAACAGAUCUAGAGAAAAGAGAGACAGCCAAGGCAAGUGUAAUUUUGUUCAUUUGUCAACUUUUUAAUGUAGAAGAAGUGUAUUGUAUUGAGCAUUUUAUUGUAUGGUGUAUUGUAUAUUUUAUUGUACAUUGGAAUAUUGUUUGUUAGGAAUUUCACAUGAUUACAGAACUGGAAUGAAGUGAAGUUAAAUCUCCUUUACCCUUUACAGAAUCAUCUCAAGAAAGUAACUGAGCAAUAUCCAGAUGAUGUGGAAGCGUGGAUUGAGUUGGCUGGAAUAUUAGAGCAGACAGAUGUGCAGGUUAGUUGAAAGGGAGUGGUUUAUAGGAAGGGCUCUGUUGUUUCCUGUAGUGUACUUGUAGAGGUGAUUGAAUGUACUGAUUUACUCAAGAUAUACAUAAUAAACUGGUGAUUAAAAUGCUCACACUUAUCAGCUAGAUAAAACAUCAACCUCUCUUAAUUUUUGACUAGGAAAUUUAUAGAAGCUAGAAUGGGGAAAUGCUUAUUUGAUCUAGCAAAUUAACAAUUAAUGAUCAAUUAUCAAUCAUUGAUAUUGGUAUUGUGAUUAUGGAACUUGUAUAUUGGAACAAUUUCAUGCAAUUUGUAGCGUUUUCCCCAAAAAAUGGUUCAAUCAGAAUUUUUGUCAGGAAACAUUAAUCAUUUGGUGACUUCCAUUAUACCAGUCUUAGAACCCAGCUGUAGGAUGAAUGCAACUUUUAUCUGUUACCUAGAACCUAAAGUUUUUUACCAUUUUCAUGGUAGAAUAUUAAUUCCACUAAUUAACGUUAGGCUGCCUUGCAAGCAUAUGGUACAGCAUCCCGGCUUCUCAAAGAAAAAGUGAAAGCUGAUGUACCUCCAGAGAUUCUGAAUAAUGUUGGAGCACUGCAUUUUAGACUGGGAAAUUUGAAUGAAGCAAAGGUUAGUUGAAAUCUGCUUUUUUUAUUCAAGCUAAUAUUUUUUGAGGUAAUUGGUUGUUGUAUAGUUUCAAUCCACCUCUGACUUUUUCAACAGAUCCAGACAAAAAAAGAUGGAUGUAAAUGACUUUACAACUUAAAUUUUUCUUGUUGAUAUUUUCUCGAAAGAAAAGGGAGAAAAGCUUUUCCUAUAGUCUCGGUUGUAACUAUUGUUUGCUCUCAUCAUGUACAGUUUUAACACACAAGACUGUAUUUCAUGAUUAGAUCAAUAUUUAACAACUGCAAUGGAAGCUACUUGUUCCAUAGAUUCCACAAAGGCAGGCAGUCAUUUUUAGUACUUCCCCCAAAAAUUAUCAAAAAUGAAAGAUUAGUCAAAGAGGUUUUUGGCUCAACUGCAAAUUAUUAUUAUGAAGGAACAUGAUGGGUAUGAAAUGCCAAAACCUUGUAUGACAUGAAGGCAUGCUUUAGCCGCAGUACCAGUUUGGCUGAGAAUAAGUCCGAAACCAGCCACAUGUAAGUUAAAGUAUUACAAAAUCGCGAAACUAUGACACUAUUUGAAAAUACAAAACCAAACACAAGGAAACUAGAAGCGGGUUUAGAAUACAGUGAAUUUGAAUUUGAACUUCCUGGCUAGGCAGCUAAGAGAUUUCUGCAAUUGUGAAAAAGUUCAAGUCUUCAUUUACAGUGCUAUUUAGCCAUUACUGUUGGAGUGUAUCCCAUUUUCCUCGGUUAGAGGUGAUAAGGAGUACUGUUGCUAGUCCUUUGCAGAUGCCCCUCAACUAUUUACAAAGAUUAUUACAGUUCUCUGUUUCCUAUUUAUGCUACUGGUUAAAGAGAAGCAUCAUGAGAUUUAGGUGUUUUACCCAAGAAUUCAACGGAGUGCCCAGCCAAGGGCACGACUGAUGACCUCUCAAUCCAAUGACUAUCUACUAACCAACUAGACCACCACGCAUCCCAUUCUGCAGAUGUUAAGCUCUUCACUGAAUCAGUAGCUUUGUCAUUGCAGAGGUUCUAUGAGUCAUCUCUCGAUCGGUGCAAGCAAGAGAGCCAAGCGGAUGAGAGUUACUACAAUGCAAUCUCUGUCACAACGACGUAUAACUUAUCCCGCCUCCACGAGUCCCUGUGCGAGUUUGACAAAGCAGAGGCUCUGUACAAGAACAUCCUCAGAGAACAUCCUAACUAUGUAGACUGUAAGUGGAUGAGUGUUUUUGAUCUUCAAUUACAAAAGUGAUCGAAAUGUAACUUCUCCUUGCAAAAUCUAUGCACUGUCAAGUAGACACUAUCGAGAAUUGGAAGAAUUAUCAGAAGGGGGAUAUUUGGUUUGACAUAUAGAUUGUUGCGCCAAAAUCUUAGAACUGAAUGAUAUAAAGUGCAGUAUAUUCCCACCGUGGAUAUAAUAAAGGGUUUGAACCCGGUGGUAACAUGUGAUAGUGUAGUCUGAUCGUCCAGGUGAGUGUAGUCCUGAGAAGAACUUUUGUUGCUAGUGGUGACUGACGUUACGACUACCCGAGCGGAAGUCUCUAUCAGAGUCAAGAUGUUGAUGACUUCUGCUCUGGUUGUCCAAACGCCAGUCAACACUACCGACAAAAUUUCCUCUCAGGACUACACUCACCUGGACGAUCAGACUAUACUAUCACAUUCCCAUCAUGGUUGAUCAAUAUGCUUCGCCAGUGUGGUUUGGUAAAGAAUGCAAUUCAUGUCAAUAUGAAGCGUAUGUAUAUUAACUAUUACCAGUAAGAGGGCCUGAAAUCCUUGAAUCAUUGGCCAACUUUUGCCAAAUUAUCUUAUAUCUUAGAUUUAGUUUGCUCACUUUUUAUUGGCUUCCAGCAUUUCAUUUAGGCUUGUAAUAAUAUACAUGAAAAAAUUUCUCGCUUUUGAUUGGAUAAAAACGAGUGCAUUUUUCAUGCAACACGAGUGCAAAGUUGUAACACAAGUGCAAAUUACAAAUAGCAUGUGCGCUAUCAAAAUGUCGUCUGUUUUGACUUUCUGUGAUGCUUUUUUUCAUGCAAAUUAUUAGUAGGUAAUAACAUGAUCUCUUGUGUAAUUUGGUGUAAAUAAACACUUGUAAAUUUUUAACUCGCCAUACGGGCUCGUGCGAUUUUGGAAUCAUGUAACUGUACAAUCUAUACUUCUAUUUCCAGUUGAGUGAAAAAUUAAUCGUGCGAAAUACCUUUGUUUUUCUGUCUCGAAAGUCUUAAAACUCGACUUGAACGUCUCGAAACACGACUCGACUUGAGCCUCAAUCCCCGAAGUUUUCGAGAAUCGACAAACGUUGAUCGAUUUUUGAGGGACUGUCAAUCACUUUGGAGGAGUGCUGUAGUUUGCAAAGUUGCCCUAAAACAGUUUUUUUUUCCUUCUCCCUUGACAGGUUAUCUCCGGUUAGGUUGCAUGGCACGUGACAGGGGUCAAAUCUACGAAGCUUCCGAUUGGUUCAAAGAGGCUCUCCAAAUUAAUCAGGUAAGCAUAUGUGUUGGACAUCUCAGAUAUACUGAUAAUCAACUUUGACCUAUUUUUUUUCACAUUGUGCACAUAACUCUGAGAACUCUAGUAUGCAUGUCCAUCGCUUGAAUGUGUACCCAACAGGACCACCCAGACGCCUGGUCCCUCAUUGGUAACCUUCACCUGGCCAAGCAAGAAUGGGGCCCUGGUCAGAAGAAGUUCGAGCGCAUUCUUAAACAGCCAUCCACAGCAAAUGAUGCAUACUCGUUACUGGCACUCGGAAAUGUCUGGCUUCAAACUCUGCACACACCAACACGUGACAAGGCCAAGGAGAAGCGACAUCAGGACAGGGCUUUGGCUCUUUACAAGCAAGUGUUGAGAAAUGAUGCCAGGAAUCUGUAUGCAGCUAACGGUAUCGGUGAGUUAUCUGCCAACUUCCUAUACAUUCAAUGACAUCUGUAUCAGAUAUUGAUAAAUAGUUAUAGCGAAAAUAAAUGAACAGGGUCGGAAAUUUACUUCUUCUCUAAUCCUAACUGUUCUGCUCAUUUUUCAGGCUGUAUUCUGGCACACAAGAGCUUUCUGAGGGAAGCUCGGGAUGUAUUUUCGCAGGUAAAGCGCAGUACAUUAACUUUUGUUUAUUAAAAAAUUAUUUUUUGUGUUUCAUGCAUAAGAGGUACAAGCAAAUAUAAGUAUGUUUGUCUGUUAUUCCAUGACGAUUUCAUAAAUGCAUUACAGGUCCGUGAAGCAACCGCUGACAUUCCCGAUGUGUGGCUGAACCUGGCGCAUAUUUAUGUUGAGCAAAAGCAGUAUGUAGCUGCCAUUCAAAUGGUGAGAAAUGCACUCAAAUUACUCUCACAUAUUUCUUUGAUGAUUAAAUGGAAUGUCUUCAUCAAUCAGAAGUAACUUUUUCUCCUACUAAGUUUGGUUCUUUUAGAUAAGACCAAAUAAUGUAGAUGUACUUUCUAUUUACUGUUAGUAUGUACCACUCAGGUACUUUUCGCGCGCGCUGAUUGGCGAGUUUGGAAUUGGUUGGCAAGUACUAUUCACCUCUGAGCAGCCGGGGAGACAAAAUCGCGCAUCAACAAGUUAAUUUCCGACAUAUUUGGUAUAUUGACAAAAACAAACUAACUUUUUGGUUUCUGUGUGGUAUGAACUAAAACAACUAUUCACGGUGAGUGGUAUUCUUAAUGCCAAAGUAUAAUAAAUUUGAAUCAAAUUGAAGGAAAUUACUUGAACGAUUACUUGAAACUGGACAUGAAAAGCUUCAACUGGUGCUAACCGGCCGUGAUAAGACCUGCUACUGAUUCCAGGGACGGGAAAACGCAAAACCUGGAGCCUGUUCCGGGGUUGGGAAAACAGGAAAGAAGCACGCUAUGCCAGGCUGAGAGUUGAAGUUAUUUGAAAAACCGGAGGCACAUCUCCUCUUGUUUUUCCUUGGCUGGUUUUCAAACAUUAGUAUCUAAGAGAGAAAAGUUUGAUUUGCCUGAUCAAUUCCCUCUUACCUCUUUUCCUUUUUCCAAUUUUUUUCCUUUUUCCGUUCUUGCCUUUUUCUUUUUUUCUUUUUCCAUCUUUGCUUUUUGUAUCUUUCCAUGACAACCUAUCCGAAAGGGAUCAAUAUCAGUAUCUGGGCAACUGCCCACUUACCCCUCCCCUAACCCAACAACAGUCUAUUGAUAACGACUUAGGGUUAAUGUUGGGUUAGGGGAGGGGUAGGUGGGUAGUUGCCCAGAUACUGAUAUUGAUCCUCUGAAAGUAGGUGUAGAUGUAAGUAACAACAAAAUGAUAGCCAAGUGUAGGAAAAUAAGUAGGCAAAGUGAAAUACUUCUUCGUUUGAAUUCACUGCAGUUGGGAGGUAAUAUGUUUUGUGUCUGUUUACAGUACGAGAAUUGUUUGCGGAAGUUUUUCAAGCAUCAUAACGUUGAAGUGUUGUUGUACCUGGCUCGUGCAUAUUUCAAAGCUGGAAAACUGAAAGAAUGUAAACAAAUAUUACUCAAGGUACGUUCCUUUGUUGGUGAUACUCAACUGUUUUCCUUCAUGCGAACUGUUUGUGUUACUCUCAGAGCCUCGCGGGAAGUCAGUCAAAUGGGUCUACCUUUAACUCUUUAACUCCCAUGAGUGACAAAGACAGAAUUUCUCCUUGCAAUAUUAAUACAACAUCAACCACAAAAGUGAUGAGAAUAAAGAAAACUAACAAUUUGGGGAUAAUUAGUUGAUCCAAUGCUAAAUUCUCUGAAAUAACAUUAUAAGAAUUGUAUGGUUGACAGUAAGGAGAAUUACAAAUUUGGUCUGGGAGUUAAAGGGUUAAUGAUUGAAUAGGAAACUAAUGUAUUACCAUAUGUGAAAAGCUACUUUUGCAGUUUUCUUUUUUUGCUACUGAUCUUAAGGCUGUGAGCGAAACUCUUUUUUGUGACCAUUCUAUAGGAAAACAAUAAUUAGUACUUUUACAAAGUACUGAUACUCAGUUCAGUGAUUUUUAAAUUGUAAUGAGGAUGCACCAUAAGCAUAUUUUCAGAAAAACAAAACAAAAACAAGAAAUGGAGAAGCCAAGUAAUUCCUUGAAAAAAAGAUGUUUUAAAAGACGUUUGUCUUGAGAGCUGCCUUGAAUAGAAAGAGACUGUUAAUACAAGGUAUCAGAUGUAGAAUCCUAGGGAGUUAGAUCGGCUAAUUGAUCUUGCCUGUUGACUGGAAAGUAUAAAGUGUCGUGUGCAGGACUCCUAACACCACAGUCUGAUGAAACCUGAGUGAUUUGUGACCACUCCAACUGAACCGUGGUUUGUUAUGUUUUUGUCUUUGUCCUUUUUGAUCAAUAUUCUUUAUCUUUUUUUGUUAAUCAAUAGGCUCGUCACGUGGCUCCUAAUGACACUAUUCUGUUGUUCAACAUUUCCCUGGUACAACAGCGUCUAGCAACAGCCAUUUUGAAAGCCGAAAAGAGUUCCCUUAAAGUUGUGCUUGGUGCAGUCAGAGAACUGGAGCAGGCGCAGAGGUAUUAAAGGGCUACUUUUAGUCGAAGUGGUCUUCGUAACGAAGAUGACAUUGCGUAAAAUUAUUUCUGUGGCUGCUUGGACUUCCUGUGAAAUUACCAAGGAAUGAUAUCUACGUUGUACUUCUCUGAAGUGUUGCCAUAGUCGAAAAUAUGUCGGAACCUUAGUGGUAGUUAGUUUACAUGAUCGCACAAUUUGAUGUUAUAAGUAAUUCUCCUUUCUGUCUGUCGUACAUCUCUUAUGAUGUUAGUUCGGAGAAUUUGGUAUUGGAUCGACUAAUGAUCUCCUAAUUGAUAUGUUUCUUUAUUCUCAUCACUUGUGUGCUUGAUGUGGUAUUGGUAUUUUAAGGAAAAAUUCUGUCUUGUUCACUCAUGGGAAUAAAAGGGUUAAUACGGAAAAGUUCUGAGAGAAACUUUCCCUUUCCCAGUUAGAAGAUCAAUUAAAUAUUUGUAUAAGGUUUAAGAUAGUAGAAACCGAAACUGAAAGCAUUCGAAAUUUAUAAUGAGCCAUCUGGUUGUGUUUUAAAAACUGUGUUGGUCUUAACUUGUAAAUUUUUCGAUUAUGUCCCUUUUUACAACAAUUUACCCUUGGAAGUUAUUUCGUUUUUAUGAAUACGAUCUCACAUUAAUUAUAGAUGGUUUCGCUUUUUUUAUUUCAGAAAUUUUACGUGGUUAAGCCAUCAUGGAGAUCGCCUUAAGUUUGACUUAAGUUGGGCUGGGACCGAGUCUAGGUAAUAAUUUGGUUUUCUGUUGUUUAUCACGAGCUUUUGUACUCGCAUGGAAGUUAUUAACAAUUCUUUGCCGAAGUGGAGAGUAGUAUUCAUCACUUUCAACCACAUGGAAGUGAAUAAUUGUUUUAGUAAAUACCACAAAAGAACAAAAUAAGUGGUUUACUUCCGUCAACAUUCGGAAAAUUGGCCGGAGAUUUUAGUCUUGAUGAGUGAUUUUGUCUCUUCGGUUGCUCAGAUGCGAAUAGUACUGGCUAAUCCUUUCCGAGCUGGCAAACCAGUGUGCGCGAAAAGCAAGAUUCACCCGAGUAGUAUGUGCUGAUUAUUAUUGGUAUGUACUAAGACAGUAUUUAGCGUUGAAGGCACGCUCUGAUUGGCUACUCAAAUUCCGAAAAUCGUUUGCUAUUUACCUCCGGGCAACUUGCGUAGGAUUUGCGCCCGAAGAGAUUUUCAUCGUUGCAGGAAUGAACGAGUCAAAAUCAUCUUUUUGUGCUCUAUUAUCGCACUGUUUUGGUUUAUACUAAAACCACUAAACAUCUCAGUAUGCAUUUUGAUUCUCAGAAUUAUCAAGAUGAACAAUAACACUGUGUGUAUGGAAUGGUAAAAAGCUAAUUCCAUGCUUGCACAGGCAUGUUAACGAGGGAUUAACGUAAAAGCACGUCGUUUCAUCUACACAGGCACACCAGUGAUUUACUGAGCCAGGCGCAAUACCAUGUGGCGCGCGCCCGAAAAGUUGACGAGGAAGAACAGGAAACACGGCGGAGACAGGAAGAAGAGAAAGAACUGCUCAGAAAGAAGAAGGAAGAAGAGGAGGUAUGAUUAAUAAGAAUCGGCUAUCCUGAAGGUCAAUCUCUGUUUUGAAAACAAUUUAUGGUGCUACAGGAGAACAAUUUGUAUUGAAUGUCGAAAUUAGUCUGGGAUUGGAUUUGUUUUCCCUCAUUAGGCUCUGAUUGGUCCAUAAAUUUAUCUUCCUCUUUUUAACCAAUCAGGUUCAAAACUUAAGCCACCUUUUCCCGCGCCUCGGGCGAAUUUCAUGAACUAAGUUUGAGUAUUUAUCUUUGCCCCUGAUCGGUAGUUGUGAUUACUUCGAUUUUGGUUUUACCACACCCAAUCCAAAGCGCUUCAUUCUCCAUUCUGCAUUAUGUAAACAUGAUGUAAAUGCUAACUGUUCUCCUUAAGAGAAAUCACCGGCGUAGGAUUCCAACGGUAAGUUGGUGCUAAACUUAAACUGUAACUCCCCGGCUAACUUCAAGCAAAGAACUGUUUGCUGGAAUUAGGAAUGUCGAAAGCGUUAGGCGUCGAAAUAUGGGUUGUUUGGUGCUCAAAAAGCUUUAUGACUUUGCAUCUUCUGCAGAAAAUUAGAAGGGAGCAACGGGAGCAACAGGAAAAAGAACUCCUGGAGAAACGUCAGCAAUUCCGAGAAGCGACCAAAAACUUGCUGGUAUUUGUACCAGAGGAACAAGCGCCAAAGGAGAAGGCCUCACGUGGAAGAAAGGUAAAGCCUUGUUUAUCUGCUGCGUAACGUUUCAAGUGAGUACUACCAAUGUUAUUUAGCUACCGGCUGAAAACAACUAUAAGCUUUCGUGACAGGUUUUGAAUGGUUGAUAACUAUUGUUAACUAAACUACUGAUGUAAGAAAAAGCUCUUUGACAUCUUCGUGCUGGGUUUCCAAUUUUAUCAACCAAUCAUUAUCAGGGAAAAGAAAACCGCUUGUACGUUCUGAUAUCUUUCAGUUCGUUUUCCAGACUUUUCAGCCACUCACAGAACUCUCUGUCGCAUGUUAUGCCAUUUAGCUUCCAUCACAUGGACUUUGCUGUCAGAUGAUAAUUGGUUUCGGAAGAGCGAGAUUUCAUUCCAUUUGAAAAAAAUCAAAAGAAGCAUAAAAUCAUGUUGCGCCUAACGAACGGGAAAUAGUCCUCAAACAGUUGUAGUAUUCAAACAACAUUAUUUCAGCUGUAUACUUCAAUAGUCUGCCCUGUGGCCUUGAUUUCGCGUGUUUAUUUUUCGUCAGUCUUACCUCAUUUUAAUUAUGGUUUUUUUGGUCUUUUUCAGAAAAAGACGGCUGACGAUUUCGUGGCCAGCAACGACGAAGAAAGUGAAGAUGAAGAUGGUGGUGAUGUGGACGAGGAAGGAAAUGAGGUGAAGAAAUCAAAACUCAAGAAAGAGAAAAAAGAGAAAAAAAGGUUGGUGUGAAAUUUUUUUUUGAGAUGUUUUUUGUUGAUCAUGUAAGAAUGGCUUGUAACUAUGUGUUAUUUUGUAGGCGAAGAAAACGAGUUCAAGAAGAAGGAGACGAGAAUGCGCCCAAGAAAAAGAGGUUUGUGAUGGAGUGUCUGUAAUAAACUUGCUUUAGUCGUGUUAAUCACUCAUAAUACCUUGUUUGUGCCUGUGUAACCUGCUUUUUCUUUGAUUUUUGUAUCAUGAUGUAAGGGCUUUCUUGACUUCAACUCUGGUUUACAAGUUCCAAAAACUGUGACUUUGUCGUGAGUGAUCUCUUAACUGCGCGACAAAGCUGCGCGGAAAGGCUGUGCGACAAAGCUGGAUCACAUGAUUUCAGUUAGAUCCUACACUAUGCGGUUAUCAGAUGUCCUUUAUUUCUGUCUUUUAACAGAGCUCGUAAGCCCAAAGGCAAACCGAAGGAAACGAAAUCUAGCGACGAAAGGUUGGGAUCGAAACAAAGACAGAAAAUUAAGUCCAAGGCGUUCGUGUCAUCAUCUGAGGAUUCGUCCGAUUCUGAUGCGGAAAAAUUGAAGAUUGCUGAUGUGUGAGUACUCAAUAUUAUAUAGCUAAAAAGCUCAUAUAGCGUUACUUAAGAAGUUCUAUUUCCGCUAAGAUCAUUGAAGCAACAGUGAGGCGUGACAUUUCAAGUAAAUAGUAUUUCUGACAAUAUAGCGAAGCGAAAUAGGCAGAAAUGACUACUUUGCUGGCACGGGCAAGAGGAUUGGUGCCGAGCGAGAGGAAUUGUGGGUAUGGUUUUCAGAUAUGUUAUCAGUUCUAGGACAGCAGUCAUUUAUUUCCUUAUUUUUAGUUCAAAAUAAGAAAAAAAUUUCAAGUUUGCAUGACUCUAUGUCGUAACUCGAUCCCCAGCGGCACCGUAGUUAAUGGCGGUAUACGUUCCCUUUUCCCCAUAGUGGUUUUGGGUCUUCGUAUCCGGCGAAGCCGCAUCAAUUUAGCGUGACUUAGUGUGAUUGGAGAUGCACAUGUUUGUAUAAUGUGUCACUAUAUCAGUGAGCAUUGUUUCAGCAAUCAACUGGUUUACGAGGUCUACUGAACUACAAGCCCCUCUAUCAAUACUAUUGUAUGUAUUUCAUUGGAAGUGUUGUCAAAAUGGCACAUUCAAGAAAUACAAUCAAUACAUUGCAUGAAUGAAUAACCUUAGCUCAGUCUAAUGACUUCUAGAAACAUUAGUGAAGGUUAAAAAUGCUUGGAAAAAGGCAAGGCAUGUCAUAAAAUAAGAUUGAACCAAAUGAAACCUGAAUCAGCAGAAUUUACCAAUUCUGCUUUUUUUUUCAGGAGAAGUGAUGAAGACCUAAGCGACAAAUCUGAUGCAGAGAAAAGCGAUAAAAGUGAUAAGGAAGACAAUGUGGACGAGGAAGAGAAAGGGGAAAGUAGCGAAGCAGACAAACCUUCUUCUGGGAAGAAACGAAUACUGUCAAGUGACGAGGAUGAAGACGACCUUGAUGAUUUUAUUGAAGACAUUGAAGAUAAAGCUGAAGGCGAAGAAAGACCAUCCACAAGUCAAGAGACACCCAAGAAGAAAAGCAGGAAACUUCUCAGCUCGUAA